CACAACAUCUGUGCUUUUAUAAUGCGACUCUGCGUUGUUUUUGAGAUUCGUCAGCAAUUUUGUUUUUCGCUACUUCAGAAACGAAAUCGAGCCAUCAUAAACGAAAAAAUUGACGAUGCCGUCAAAAUAAGUCCGUGUUCAAGAUAAAAAAAGCGAAAUUGAGAAAAAUAUUUUAUAGAAAUGUGAAAAAUACUUCUUUCGAAAUUACGAUUAUAUAAAUUAUCAAUGAAAGGUCAAUAACUGUCGAAAUAAAUCGGAGUGAAGUGAGCCAUACCAUAUAAUUUACGUGACAAAAAAAGUUAAAAAAGCUAAAAAGCAGUAAAGAUAAAAGAAAAAGAAAGGAAUGAAGAAAUACAUAACAGCCCAUUAAAUAGUAAAUUAUUCAACAGUGAGCGAAGAAAAAUAAUAUAUUUGCGUAUUAACAGUAAAUUUAACCGAUUCAAAAGUCAUCCACAGCCGGGUGGGUGUUCACUAUAGCGACUUCCCAGUUUCACAUAUCAAUGGUGGUGCAGUUUUUUGUGGAACACCUGCCAGCUCCCUCCCAAGGGCGUACGAUCUGACCGACCUUCUCAAAGCUGACGACGGCAAUAAGUUUGUUGAGAAAUCAUUUUGUAUUUGAAAUCAAAUAAGGCCAAACUUCAAACUAAAUUUCUAUAAAAUCAAAACUCAUUAACGAAAACGCCAAGUUUUUCAUAUCGAUUUAAUGCAUCAGCGCGCAUUAAAUUUCUUACAGCAGAAACUAAGCGAUUACUACAACAACAACAUCAACAACAUCUAUAUUAAAGUGAAAUAAUUAUAGAGAUUCAUAGUAUUGAUGAAGGCCCGCGAACACCUUUCGUAAAAGCAACUCAACCGCAUACGUACAUAAAUUAAGGUGUUGGUGAAGGAAAGAAAGGAACUCUUGAACACGACGAGCAAAUCGUAUUGUAAGUCUGCGCGCCUAAAUCUAUGCAAACAAUAUAUAACAAAUAGUCUAAAGUCACACGCACGCACACACACAGAAAACGGUCGCUCGUAUAUGUGGUAAUUCUUGUUGUUGUUGAUGGUGGUGGUGUUGAUGGUGCUUUUCGUACGUGUUAGUGCAUUUUAACCCCUUGAAAAAAGAAAACUAAAGCGGAGGGAAACCACAUACACCCAAGUUUCGAACCGAAAAUCCAUACCAGCGCUACAAAAACUCUCUGCCAUGGGUGCAAAUGUAUCGCAGCUGGAGCGUGAGAUCGGCUCCGAUCUCUUUCCGGCCAACGAGCAUUACUUUGGUUUGGUAAAUUUCGGCAAUACUUGCUAUAGCAACUCUGUGCUGCAGGCGCUCUACUUUUGCAAGCCUUUCCGCGAGAAGGUGCUCGAAUACAAGGCGAAGAAUAAGCGCCCCAAAGAGACGCUACUCUCUUGCUUAGCCGAUCUGUUCUAUAACAUUGCCACGCAGAAGAAAAAAGUCGGUUCGAUCGCACCGAAGAAGUUCAUUGCACGUCUGCGCAAAGAGAAGGAGGAAUUCGACAACUACAUGCAACAGGAUGCGCACGAGUUUCUCAAUUUCCUAAUCAAUCAUAUUAACGAGAUCAUUUUGGCCGAGCGGCAUGCCAGCAAGAAUGGCGCCAAUUUUAAUGGCAGCGGCAAUGUUGGCGGCGCCACCUCUACUGCCAGCAAAUCGUCCUCGUCUACCAGCACAUCGACAACUGCCUCGAAUUCAACGUCCAAUGGCACCUGCACCAAUUCGUCCGGCUCGCUAAACGGUGUCGGCGUCGGCGUCGGUAUUGGUAUCGGCGAUAGCGCCUCGACGCCAACGCAAUCGAAUGCGGCCAACACCGAACCCACGUGGGUGCAUGAAAUCUUUCAAGGCAUACUAACGUCGGAGACACGCUGCCUCAAUUGCGAGACCGUUAGUAGCAAAGAUGAGAAUUUCUUUGAUCUACAAGUCGACGUAGAUCAGAAUACCUCGAUUACGCAUUGCUUGCGUUGCUUUAGCAACACCGAGACCCUGUGUUCGGACAACAAAUUCAAGUGUGACAACUGCUGCAGCUAUCAGGAGGCGCAAAAGCGCAUGCGCGUCAAGAAGCUACCCAUGAUAUUGGCGCUGCAUUUGAAGCGCUUCAAGUAUAUGGAACAAUUUAAUCGCCACAUUAAGGUCUCACAUCGCGUCGUGUUCCCACUGGAGCUGCGUCUGUUCAACACCUCGGACGAUGCCGUCAAUCCGGAUCGUUUGUACGAUCUCAUGGCCGUGGUUAUACACUGUGGAUCGGGCCCGAAUCGCGGUCAUUACAUUAGUAUUGUGAAAAGUCAUGGGCUCUGGCUGUUGUUCGACGAUGAUAUGGUCGAUAAAAUUGAGGCUUCAACUAUCGAGGAUUUCUACGGUCUGACGUCGGAUAUACAAAAGUCCUCAGAGACGGGUUAUAUAUUGUUCUAUCAAUCACGUGACUGUGCGUCAUCGUAGAGCGCCAGAGCGUACGUUUAAAUUACGUAAGAUGCUAUGUCUUUAUGGCAACUUUUGGGGAAGUAGCUACUCAUGAAUUUAUAGAUUACAGCAGUUAUUGUUUACCGUAAGGCAUUUUCAAAAUGUAGCUUUCAGAAAUUCCUGAAAAGAAAAGCUAUAUGUAUUGUAUGUAGUUUAAGGUUAUGCUUAGCUGUUAAGUUGAGUUAUUGUUUUGAGGUCUUGUACAAAAUGGCACAGCUCUUAUUGUAGCAUACCUUUAGGAUGUGUUGGGCGUAAAAUCGUAAUUUUUCGGUCGCAGUUGUUUGUAUAAUUUUUAUAAAUAAACAUAAAUAAUUUUAAAAUAAUAAAAUGGGUGACACCGUACAUGCGGUACACUUUUUAAACCAAAAUGUGUGUCAUACAUCCUAAAGGUAUGCAACAUUAUUUUGCUUCUUUGCAAUUUUCCCUCAGAGCUUUCGUUUUGAGCUUUGUGGCAUGCAGCGUUGUUACAUUUUGUAACGAAUUAAAUUAGCAUUUUUUUCCAAAUACAUUACUUAGUUAAAUUUAUAUCUUUAUCAUGCCAAUAUUUGCUGGCUCAAAUAAAUAAUGAAAUUCUGAGAGCGUGCGAGUUUCAAUAAAAUUCUAUAUACCUAUAUAUUUAUUACAAAAAAUGUACUCUAAUAGUUUUUAUUGCAAUUAAUUUUUUGCUGUUAUCGAUUAUUGUAUAAUUAUGAAACAAGAAUUGUAAUCGUUUUCGAUUAAUCAUGUUUAGUUAGUUUUUAUUAUAAUUCAAUAGUAUGCUUUUAACUAAAAUUUAGUUUAUUUCAAUUAAAAUAUAUACAUACAUAUGUUACAGAAUCUGCUAAACACAUAGGCUACAUACAAAUAUUAUUGUCAAUCAUGUUUUAUUUAAGUGAAAAAAAAAUUAUAAAAAUAAUAUUUUAGAUUAGUUUCAAAGCUACGGAUGGUAGUUGGAUAUGUCUCUAUUGCUAAAUAUUAUACAUACACACAUACAUAUUAAAUAAAAAUGUUGAAAACGGUCAAACAAUGUUUUCCUUUCAA